AGACGCCGGCCUCCCAGGCCGUUCUAGGGUGCCCUGCGGCGGCGGCGUCCUGGCUGGCCGCGCGUGUGAGCCUCGCGGACCUUCUCCCUCUUUCCGGCUCUGACUCGAGAGUUACAGGUGACUGGAUGUUCAAGCUGCAGCAUGCAUAGCACCUUACAAGGUUGGCCACAAUGAGCACACUGCAGUCAAGGGAGGCUAAGGUGCCAAGUGUUCAGUUUGUGGGAGACGAUGAUGUUCUUAGUCACAUUCUGGAUAGAGAAGGAGGAACUAAAUUAAAGAAGGAGAAAGCGCAGCUUUUGGUCAAUCCCCAGAAAGUAAUAAAGAAAGCAGAAUGUGCGUUGGAGAAAAGUGACCUGGAAGUCUUAAAGGAUCAGAACUACGUGGAAGUCUUGGGAAGAGAUAUUCAAGAAUCCUUGGGAAACGGCUCUGCUGUAGAUGAUAGGAAUAAAGUUUAUUCUUUUCAACAUAGAAAACACCCUCAAGAGAUGACUAAAUUGGCUUUAGAACUAGCAAAAACAUCAGGAAAAAUUGACCCACUUGACUCAAAUGAUCCUGAAAUCACGAAAAACACCGCUCAAAAAAGCAAAGGGCGUUCUACUUCAGAGAAAGCUCCGCUGGAGAACAAUAACAAAAUUGAAUUUCUGUCAACACAACCUCAUAAUCUGAGAAAAAGAUUAAUAGCAUCAAGGUCUCACUGUGACAGUGAAAGUGAAUAUUCUGCUUCCAGCUCAGAGGAUGAUGAAGAGGUUGCAAAAGAUGAUGAAGAAGACACUAAUGCAGUCAGGUUCUCUCAAAAGAGUGAAGGCCAGAAUAGACUGCUUCCAGCUCCUGUUUCCAAAGAGACACUGCCCAAGAAAAGAAGAAGAGGCAAAGCAAGUGACUUGGUAGAAGAAUAUUUUGAAGCCCAUAGUAGUUCAAAAGUCUUAACAUCUGACAGAACACUGCAGAAGCUGAAGAGAGCUAGAGUGGAUCAGAAAACUCUGCGUAACUUACUGAGCAAAUUCGAGCCUUCCUUUUCUGCUGAAAUUAAACAGUUGAAUCAACAACAUGAGAAACUGUUUCAUAAAUGGAUGCUACAGUUACACCUUGGGUUCAAUAUUGUGCUUUAUGGUUUGGGGUCCAAGAGAGAUUUACUAGAAAAGUUUCGAACCACCAUGCUUCAAGAUUCCAUCCAUGUUGUCAUCAAUGGCUUCUUUCCUGGCAUCAGCGUGAAAUCAAUCCUGAACUCUAUAACUGAAGAUGUCCUCAGUCACGUGGGUACUUUCCAAAGUGUUCUGGAUCAGCGAGACUGGAUAAUAAACAGAUUUAAAGAAGAUUCUUCUUUAGAACUCUUCCUUCUUAUCCACAAUUUGGAUAGCCAAAUGUUAAGAGGAGACAAUAGCCAGCAAAUUCUUGGACAGUUGUCGUCAUUACAUAACGUGUAUCUCAUAGCAUCUAUUGACCACCUCAAUGCUCCUCUCAUGUGGGAUCAUGCAAAGCAGAGUCUUUAUAAUUGGCUUUGGUAUGAAACUACCACAUACAGUCCUUAUACUGAAGAAACCUCCUAUGAGAAUUCCCUUCUGGUUAAACAGUCUGGAUCUCUACCACUUAAUUCUCUGAUUCAUGUCUUACGAAGCCUUACUCCCAAUGCAAGGGGGAUUUUCAGGCUACUUAUGAAGUUCCAGCUGGAUAACCAGGAUAGUCCUUCCUACAUCGGACUUUCUUUUCAAGAUUUUUACCAGCAGUGUCGGGAAGCAUUCCUUGUUAACAGUGAUCUCACACUCCGAGCCCAGUUAACUGAAUUUAGGGACCACAAACUUUUAAGAACGAAGAAGGGAGCUGAUGGUGUAGAGUAUUUAUUAAUUCCUGUUGACAGCGGGACACUGACCGAUUUCUUGGAGAAGGAAGAGGAGGAGGCGUAGGCUGUCUCUUACCCUUGAACGUCUAUGUGGAAGACUCACUGUGCCCCAGCUGCUGCUCCUCUGCUAAGAAUGCUGGUUUACAUCCAACAUUAGAUCAUUCUCUCCAGCAUACAGGAUGUUCUAUGGAAGAGGCACAUUGUCAAUUUGAACUUUGAUUAGCCUGGCUGGUGUACUGUCUCUAAUACUAUGCAGUGGUCGUUGAGUUGGGGGAAAAAAGUGCCUUUAAUUUAUUACCUCUCUGAAGACUUCUUGCUGGUUGAACAGUGUGCUCAGGGAUUAUUUGGAUCUGGAGGUUUUUGGAUUAUUUUAUACUGAAUGGUAUCCCUAAUUUUUGAGGGCAAUUUAAUACUCCAGAGCUGAAUUACUACAAGUGCACUUGCUUCAGAGUACAAAGAGUUUGGAGUACAGAGUUCUCACAGAACUGAUGAGGAAGGAGGUGCUCCUUCUGCCUUUUCUGAAAUGAUGAUAAAAGGUGUCAGUGGACUCAGAUGAUCCAGCUUUCUCCUGUGACCUUAGGCUACACAUACUAAAGACAGCAGACACUGUUGAAGUGAGAUACGGGAAGAGUGUAAGGGAUAUAUGCAUAUGCAGGUCAUGUGUCUAAUCUAGAAAGCAUAUUUAAAAUUGGCAUCUGUACCAGGACCUUGAUACAAAUGAGAAGCCAGGCUAAGAAUAAGAAAUAAAAACCUGAUUUACAUUUUAUUGUUUUCAGGACAAUAGAAAAUAAAAACAUUUCAUCAUUCUUGUACAUUGA